GCUGCGCUGAAUUUGUCAUAUCGCCCAGUAUUUAAGAUGGCUCCCUACAUGGCAUACCUCGUCUUCCAACACUCCUCUUCUUCCCACUCGGAUCAUUGUUGCCCAUUAGCCAACUGCCUUCUUCUUCAAAUCUUCACCCCCUGAGCCACCAAGUCAGCCACUAUGGCUAGCUGGCUCUUCGGUAAGGCCAAGGACUUAUCGUCCAACGCCACAUCCGCUCUUCAAUCGCAGCCGGUGCCUACCCCUACCAGCGGUUUUCUGUCAUCUAUCCUGCCUUCAUCAGUCUCAUCCCUCUUACCUUCAUCAGUCUCAUCCCUCUUGCCUUCGUCCGUCUCGUCCUUCUUGCCAGAGUCCAUCUCAUCUAAAUUGCCAUCCUUGCCAUCACUGUCUUCCUUCUCGCCGGAGUCAUUGGCCAAGUCAGCUCUAUCUGGACUCAAGUCUAGCGGGCCGACGGCCGUGAUCGGUGCUUUGCUGGCUUACGGCUUGUACGCAACGGUAGGCCAGAAGCUGCCACAGAAAUACAAGGACCUCUUGUGGAAAUAUGUCAGCAAACUACUGUCGUCGGUUUUGCCAGUCGAUAAGUUCCCCUUCUUGAAGCCUUUGUUGGAAAAGGGGCCCCCAGACGACCUUCUCAAAUCCCUUGGGCUCGACAAGGUUCCAGGCAUCGAGAAGUUAGUGUCCGCAGUUAAACCAAAGCUUCAACAUCCACAGGGGACAUUGUCGGCACUUGAAUCUAUCAAGGGCAUUGCGCCCGGCAUUCUUUCAAAGUUGAAUCCCCUCAACAGCAAGCUUUUCAACAAGAGAAAAAUUGAGCAGCAAGAGGAUGACGAAAAGUAUCAGGCCGGAGAGACUUAUGGCAAGCCCGAAGCCCUGUCGACUGGCCUGAAAGAGGAUCUCAAGGCCGUUGGUCUAAAAGCAGCUCACAGUGAUUUGAAGACCCUCCUAGAGCUGCUCCAAAACAAGCCUAUGGAUGAUCGAAAAAUGACUCUGGAGAAGGUCAUGGCCCUCACGGCCUCUCUUCCCCGAUCCUCGAAGGCACGCGAGAAGCUUUCGGGCGUCAUCGUGAACAAAUUGUGGACAGAUCUUCAACACCCUCCACUUAGCUACCUGGGCGACAAGUAUCGGUUCCGGACACCUGACGGGAGCUACAAUAACCCCAUGAUUCCCGACCUUGGCAAGGCGGGAAGCCCUUAUGCCCGCACUGUCCGAAAAAUCGAAGCUACGCAUGGUGUCCCUCCUGACCCGGGCCUUCUUUUUGAUUUGUUCAUGGCACGUACCGACGAGACAUUCAAAGAGAACCCCGCCGGUAUCUCGUCUGUGUUGUUCUACCAUGCAACCAUCAUCAUCCACGACAUUUUCAGAACGAACAGAUUCGAUAGCAGCAUAUCAGACACGUCGUCAUACCUUGACCUUGCUCCGCUCUACGGGUCAAGCCUCGAGGACCAACUCAAGAUUAGGACUAUGGAGAAGGGCUUCCUCAAACCGGAUACGUUCCAUGAGCGAAGACUUAUCGGCCAACCGCCUGGUGUCAACAUCAUGCUCAUCAUGUACAGCCGCUUCCACAACUACGUGGCUGAUGUGCUCUUGAAGAUCAACGAGGGAGGGAGGUUCACGCUUCCCCCGACAAAGAAUGAGGAAGAUGAGAAGAAGGCCUUGGCCAAGCAGGACAAUGACCUGUUCAACACCGCAAGACUCAUCGUCAAUGGAAUGUACAUCAACAUUUCGCUGCAUGACUACCUCCGUGGCAUCACCAACGUGCACCAUUCGAAGAGUGACUGGUCCAUAGACCCAAGGAUGGAAGUCAACAAGCUUUUCGAUCCCGAAGGUACGCCGCGAGGAGUUGGAAACCAGGUUUCAGCCGAGUUCAACCUGUUGUACCGUUUCCACCCGGCUAUCUCGAAGCGGGACGAGAAGUGGUUGAACGAGUUCUUUGAAAGCAUCUUCCCAGAGAACACUAAGCCCCUUGACCAGUUGACCCCAGAGGAAUUCAUCCAGGGCCUCUUCCGAUUUGAGCAGAGUAUUCCUGCCGACCCCGGCAAGCGCGAGUUUGGCGGCCUCAAGCGUGGGCCCGAUGGCCGCUUCAAUGACGCCGACCUCGUCAGGGUCAUGAAAGAGAGCAUGGAGGAUCCUGCAGGCCUCUUCGGAGCGCGCAUGGUUCCCAAAGCGCUGAAAAUCAUUGAGGUCACCGGUAUUUUGACGGCUCGCAAGUGGCAGCUCGGCUCGCUCAAUGAGAUGCGCCAAUUCUUCAAACUCAAGCGAUACGAUACCUUCGAGGACAUCAACCCCGACCCAGAAAUUGCAGACCUGCUGCGGAAGCUGUACGACCACCCAGACAUGGUUGAAAUGUAUCCAGGUAUGAUGAUCGAGGACAUCAAGCCCCGUAUGGACCCUGGUUGCGGAAUCGGUGCACCGUACACUGUGGCGCGAGCUGUCUUCAGCGACGCUGUUUGCCUAGUACGUUCGGACCGGUUCUUGACGAUUGACUACACGGCAUCCAACCUGACCAGCUGGGGCAUAAACGAGGUCAAUCCAGACCUCGAUGUGUGCGGCGGUUCUAUGUUCUACAAACUCUUCCACCGCUCCUUGCCUGGGUGGUUCCCGUACAACUCGCUUCAUAUCAUGCAACCCAUGUACACAAAGAAGAUGAACGAGCAGAUUGCUACUGAGAUAGGGACGAUCGAUCAGUACUCCAAGGCAGACCCGAAACCACCACCCAGGAAAGUCAUCGUAACCAAGCAUUCAAUUGUCACUGGCGUGCUGGGCGACCAGACGGCAUUCCGAGUUCCAUGGGUAACAUACAACGAGUUGUUUCCGGGCAAGAAAGAUUACAACGGCUUCAUGCUGGCAGGCGACACCCCUGCUCACAAGGCUCAGCACAAAUUGUUGGCUGAGAUCCUUUACACGCCCGCCGAGUUCCCUAAACUGCUCACUGACACGGCAGUGAAGUAUGGAGAAGAGUUUUUAAAGAAGGAAACGCUGUCGUUGAGCAAGGAGUUGGACCAAAUUGAUAUCCUCCGAGAUGUUGCGAUCCCUCUGAUGACCAGGCUCUUGGCCGAUCUCUGGAGUCUUGACCUCAAGACUCCGGAGGAUCCUUCAGGUAGUCUGAGCAUCAAACAGAUCUACAAAUACCUCGUAGAUCUUCGUGAGUUUGGUUUCAACAACACCGACCCGGCUAGGACGUGGCGUAAGAGGUUGUCGGCGCAAGACGCGGCCAAGGUCAUGACGGCAUCGACGUUGAAGUGUAUCGAGCGGAGGCAAUCUGCAAGCCCUGUAGCAGCAGCAAGUGGCGCCGCAAGUGCCGCUGCAACCAAGAGCAAAGGCUUCAUAUCGAAGGCCACUUCGUCGGUUACCGGUGCUGUUACCGGUGCCCUAUCAAAGGUCCCAGUUGUCGGCAAAUGGUUUGGUGGUGGUGGUGGUGGUGGUGAUGGCUCCGCCGCUGCAAAAGCUACAGAAACCAUGGGAGCCGGGUCGCUUAGGUGGUACGGAGACCAGGUCGUCAAGGAACUGAGGGAGGCGGGCAAUACACUCGAGGAGACUGGGGAUCUCUGCUGGCUCACCGCUAUUGCCGCUGUUGGCGCGUCUGUCUGCCUGUUCGCCGAUGUGUUGACCUUCUUCUUGAAAGAGGAAAACAGUCACCAUUGGGCCAAGAUUCAAGACCUGGCAUCCGACACGACAAACUCCGAGAUUGCCGAUAAAACACUGCAGCAGUACGUUCUUGAGGCUGGAAGGAUUUCCGGUACCUCAGCCGUGGCGCGGGCCUGCGCCGCACCCAAAACUAUUGACGGCCAGGAAUUCAAGCCCGGAGACGUUGCCGUUUUGCUUUUAGGCCCAGCGAGCAAUGACAAGGAUUUCGUCCCAGACCCGCAGAAAUUUAAACUGGACCGCCCCGACGAUACUUACCUGCGAUGGGGCUCUGGUGUACACAUGUGCCUAGGAAAACAGAUUUCGCUUAGCUACGUUACGGCUCUGAUCAAGCUCUCGGCCAGGCUGAAGAACCUAAGGCCUGCGCCUGGCGAUAUGGGAGUAUUGAAGAGCGUCACCUUGGACACAGGAACGUACUAUCUCAACGACAGUUGGGACUAUUUGUCUGCCGACCCGACCACUUGGAAAGUGCACUUUGAGGGGUACGGCAAGGGAACGCACAAGUUUGAUCCCGCGGCGACUGCAGGCCGGAACUUGACCGCGCUGUACAACUCUCUGGUGAAGCAAGACCAGGAGGGCCCCAAGGGCGUGACCCCCCGUGCAGAGAUCCAGCAAGAAGCCAACGGCGUCAAGCCCGAGCCGGAAAAAGAGACUUCGAAUCCUCCAGCGGAUAAGAAGUCCGACGGUUGGUCUUUUGACGGCAUCAAUGCUCCAGGUGAGAACGGCAAGGCCCCUGGGGUGUUGAAACAUGCUCUAUCCUCCCUCUCCGGGAGUAAGUAGUGACUCGAACAUUCGUAGAUGCAGAGGCUGCACCGCAGCCGGAACCGCAGCAGGCGGAGCCGCAGCCUGAGGAGGAGCCAGAGAAGGAGCCAGGAAAGGAGCCGGAAAAGGAGCCGGAAAAGGAGCCGGAACAAGAAGCACAGCCAGAGCCUCAGCCCGAAGCUCAGACGCAGCAAAAAGAUGCCGAAGAAGAAAACCCACCACCAAAGCCAGUUGGCGAUGUCAUUCACG